GGUUAGCUACCUAUUUGUGAAGUAGCACAGAAAAUUGUAAAGAAUGUCCUUACCAAUUUAGAUGAACGUUUAAAGAAUCAACCAAGAAAGAUGACCACCAAAGUCGAAUUUGAUACGAUCACAACCACUGAAACCACCGCCACCACAGUUUUCACAAAUUUCACCGUAAACGAAUUUAUAUCAAAAAUACAAUUUUCAUGGAUCGAUUACACCCUCUUCAGCACAAUGUUAGCCUUAAGUGCAUUAAUUGGGAUUUACUUUGGUUUCUUUGGAAAAAAACAGGAUACAACUGAAGAAUACCUUUUAGGCGGAAAGACUAUGAAAGUUUUCCCAGUUUCGAUGUCACUCAUUGCAAGUCACAUCUCAGGAUUGACAUUACUGGCCCUACCAGCUGAUGUUUAUCGCUAUGGAGCCGCUUAUUGGCACACCUGUAUCUGCAUUGCCAUUACUGCUGCAAUAGCAGCGUACGUUUUUCUACCAGUUUAUUACAAACUGCAGUUGACCAGCACAUACGAGUAUUUGAAACUUAGAUUUGAUAAUCGUAUGAGAACAAUCACAUCUCUUUUAUUCGCCAUUAACACGUUUCUUUACAAUCCUGUCGUCAUAUAUAUUCCUGCAUUGGCCUUCUCACAAGCUACUGGAGUUCACGUUCACUUGAUAACACCUAUCGUAUGUUCCAUUUGUAUAUUUUAUACCACCAUUGGGGGUUUAAAGGCAGUAGUGUGGAGUGACACCCUGCAAUUCAUAUGUACCUCGGGUGCUAUGGUUUCGGUUUUCAUUUUAGGUCUUAAAGCUUCUGGAGGAUUUGCGAAUGUUUGGCAAACAUCAUUAGAUGGACAACGACUAGACAUUUUUGAUUUCGAUAUAGACCCAACAAAAAGGGAUGGAUUUUGGGCACUCACUUUUGGACAAAUUGUGCAUUGGACUGCAAUCAUUGCUAUCAAUCAAGGUUGUGUUCAAAGAUUUUUGGCUGUUCCGACAAUUUCAGAUGCCAAAAAAGCGCUUGGUAUUUUUGGGGUUGGCAUGUGUAUUGUAAAAUCCCUUUCUGUUCUAACUGGUCUGAUCAUUUAUACCAAAUACCAUAAUUGUGAUCCACUGGCUACAAAAGCAGUGGAAAGGUCUGAUCAACUUCUUCCUUAUUACGUGAUGGAUGUAGCCCAUCAUAUUCCUGGAUUAUCUGGUUUAUUUAUUGCUGGAAUUUUUAGUGCUGCCUUGAGUACCCUCUCUGCAACAUUAAAUACUGUGGCGGGUACCAUUUACGAAGACUUCGUAGCACCCAGAAUGUCAGAGAAAACAACCGAGAAAACAGCCAGUAACAUAAUAAAAGUAAUUGUGGUUAUAUCUGGAGUCGUGUGUACUGCCCUUGUGUUUGUUUUUGAGAACCUUGGUGGACUCUUGCCACUAACCAUCAGUAUUGCUGGUAUCACUGCUGGACCCAUGUUGGGUUUGUUCAUUCUAGGAAUGCUAUUUCCUUCAGCAAACUCUAAGGGGGCUUAUUGGGGAGGCAUGGUGGGCUUAGUAGGCACAUCAAUUAUUAUUUUAACUGCUCAGUACUACAAAAUGAUGAAAAUUCUCACAUUUCCGCCAAAACCAUUGUCUACAGACGGCUGUCCACAUUUAGUUAAUGCAACAUUAAGUUCUUGGACAAGUGAUCCUGUAGUACAUCAGCAACCCUUUGCGAUAUUCCGCAUCACCCAUUAUUACUACGCAUUCAUUGGAACCGCAAUAACCGUAAUAGUUGGUUUAAUAGUAAGUUACCUCACCAAAAGACCUACCGAUCCUCCAGUGAACAGAGACUACAUCAGUCCUGUAGUACACUUUGCGCUUCCAAAAGAAAAGCCUUCCGAUUAUUACUCCGUGGAAAAAGCUAUGGAAAUGGUAUCUCAAUGAUAUGGAAAACCUAAAGUAGGAGUACAGAGUUGAAAAUAUACGUAUAUGACUUUUGUAGCAGUGACAAUAAAUAUUUUAUAUUUA